AUGAAGACACUGUGGCUGAGGGUCUCCACAAGCUGGGGCGCUCGGCCCCUGGUAUUGAAUACAUUUAUCUUAAUCUGUCGCUUUCAGUAAGUAUAACUGGAGAGACCUUGGGGCACCUCUUCAAUGUCUCCUGCUACUGUGUAUUUCUUGGGAGAGCAAGAUCUUUCUUGUGUCAGUCACAUGCCUUACUUACUGGAACUGAAUGCUUCCAACAAUGAAUUGACUACAUAUUUUGCUUUUAAACCACCUAAAAAUCUCAAGGAAGUAGAUUUUUCAUGCAAUAAAAUACCUCAAAUGCAAGAUUUGUCAGCAUACCAGUCACUUACCAAACUCUUGCUGGAUUUUAAUAACAUAGAGGAGAUAAGAGGACUGGAGAAGUGUCACAGUCUGACUCAUCUUAGUUUGUCACACAACAGACUCACUGCAAUCAGUGGCCUUAAGAAUUUACCUAUCAGAAUACUCAAUCUGAGCUGUAACAAGAUUGAGAAGAUAACUGGGUUGGACAGCUUGAAAACUCUACAGAAGCUGGACCUAUCUAGCAAUAAAAUAACUAGUCUAGAAGGCUUGGAGGAACAUGAUCUACUAGAGAUGAUCAACCUAGAGGAUAACCAGAUUGCUGAGCUGCGUGGUCUUGAAUGUAUUAAAGAUCUGCCUCUCCUCAGAGUUUUAAAUCUUUUAAAAAAUCCCGUACAGGAGCAAACAGAUUAUUGGCUCUUGGUGAUUUUCACGUUGCUCCAACUAACAGAACUGGAUGUCAAGAAGAUUUCAGUGGAAGAAAAGGUUGCUGCUGUGAAUAAAUAUGAUCCUCCUCCAGAAGUUGUUGCUGCUAAAGAUCAUAUGGCUCAUGUUAUGUAUAGCAUGCUGCAGCCCCAGAGAAUCUUUGACAGCACUUUACCUAGUCUUGAUGCUUCCUACCCCAUGCUGGUAUUAGUUGGCCCUCUAGCCUGUGGUAAGAGAGAGCUUACUCAUAAGAUCUGCAGACAGUUCAACAAUUUCUUCAGAUACGGUCCCUGUCACACUACCAGGGCAGCUUACUUUGGUGAAGAAAACAGACUUGAUUACUAUUUCGUUUCUCAAGAAGCAUUUGACAAAAUGGUGAACACGGGAGAGUUUAUAGCAACCUUUAAAUACAGUGGCCAUUACUACGGACUUGGAAGAGACACUGUAGAAUCCAUUGCCAGAGAGGGUCUUGCAACCUGUGUUCACUUAGAAAUAGAGGGUGUACGUAGCUUGAAAAAUACCUACUUUAAACCCAGAUAUAUCCUGUUAGUACCAAUGAACAAAGAAAAAUAUGAGGGACACCUGCGGAGGAAAGGAUUAUUCAGCAGGCCAGAGAUUGAAGAGGCAGUCUCCAGAGUGGAUAUGUACAUCAAAAUAAGUCAGGAUUUUCCAGGAUACUUUGAUGCAGUAGUCAACACAGAUGAAUUGGAUGAGGCAUUCACAGAGCUGAGUUUCCUCGUAAAGGCAUACCUGGGUUUGGAGCUGCACGCAGGUUUUGAUAGCGUUCAGGACUUGAAUAGCAGAGCAGGAGCAGGUUCAAGAAUACGGCUCUUACAAGAGCAAAGAUUGUCACUCAGUGGAGUAAUUCCUGGAACUACUUGGUCUUCAUCUGUCAGUGAGUUCUUGGACUCUUCUGCCAAAAAAUACCCAGGAGACACCUCGGACAAACGUGCUGCACAACUGGGUUCUGUGGAAGAAGCUUCUCUCCAAAGGCGGCGUUCUGCAGCACGUCAGGCUCUGGCAGGGACGGCACCUAGUGCAUACGUCCAGCUGUUUCACAGGGACCUGGCAGUCACUCCUGCACCGAGCGGCUCCCGCCAACAAUUACUGGAACCAACAAUACGUGCUUCUCUGCUCUCAGAUGGAAGGAAUGUCACCCAAGACCAGAGCUUCCCCCUGACUAACCCAGAGGGCCGCUGCAGAGAAUCUGGUCCUGCUGUGGGAGUAUUUCCAAUCUCAGCUGGUGCACCUGCUGGUGAAGGUCUGCUGGUUCCGACCCCUGUUCCCCAUGCUGAAGAAGCCAAAGCUGAGCAUCAAGAUCCAAGAGGAGCUAAAAAUGGAGUGGACAGAUUGAAAGAGACUGAACCCCCUAGUGACAAUCUUCAGAGAAAAUACAGCAAGUCCAAGACUGGUUCUUCUCAUGUGCCUCAGCUCAUCAACUGGCCAGGCUCCCACUCCAAACCUGUCCUACCUCCAAUCCCAUCUGGGCGGAAGAGGACCAACCCUUGA